AUGUCCUUCUCAGCGUUAGGGACAGGAGACAUUGUCCUUGCUGGACCACUCAAUCGUCCCAUCGGCAAAGGGACGGUAUAUGACCAUGUACGGGCGGCAGACACUUGCUUCGCAAACCUCGAAAUGCCUUUUGUUAAGAAUGGAUAUGCCACUGAGAAAUUAAUCGCCCUGAAGGCUGAUCCCGUACAUUCGCAUAUAAUCCGUGAUAUUGGAGUUGAUGUUGUGACUAUAGCCAACAAUCAUGGAAUGGACUAUGGUAUUGAAGGUCUCCGAGAGACAAUUCAGACUCUCGACAGUAUCGGCGUCUCUCACGCUGGUGGUGGUGAAAAUGUCACGGAGAGCUUUAGGCCUGUAUGGAACGAGAUCAAGAACACCAAGGUAGCAUACAUCGGGGUGACUACCACUCUCCCGAAUGGUAGCGGUGCUGGUCCCUCACGGCCCGGCUUAGCAGGAGUACGCGUCUAUACUAAGUAUGUCAUUGACAGCGUAGCUCUUGAUGAGUCGCCGGGUAUGUCGCCAUUUGUCGAGACGGAAACGUACAAACCGGAUGAGGACUUACUUUUACAGUCAAUAAAGAACGCGCGAGCUCGAGCUGACCUAGUAUUUGUUGCGAUACAUUGGGGUGUGCCUUAUGGAUGGGUCUCUUCAACCCAGGACGAAAUUGCGACCUACCAACAACCGUUAGCGCAUGCCAUGAUUGAUGCUGGGGCUUCUGCUAUCUUUGGGCACCAUCCACACGUCGUACAAGGCGUGGAAGUGUACAAGGACGUUCCUAUAUUUUACAGUUUGGGGAACUUCAUUUUUAGCAACGAUAUCGUGACGCCAAAGCAGGAGACACGACAAUUUCCUCCUUAUGUAUGGACUAGUCUACAACGCUCAAUAUCCAACAUUGGUGCUUUCGGAAGGGUUCAGUGGAUUGGGGGCAAAAUGUCGAGUUGCACGAUCAUCCCGCUUACGAUUGCUGAUGACGGAGAACCUCUCGAGGCUACGGAAGAUGAUGCAAGAUUGCUUCUGUCUCGCUUGAAUUCGUUGUCUUACAGCUAUGGAACUAGAUUCAAAGUGUUGAAGCUCAAGGAUAGCUUUGAGAUUGCCAUCACACAAGAAUCGCUUUAG